AUGAGGAUUUAUAUAGCCUUUGAGGGAUCUUUUGAAGCCUUUGAUGUUUCCACAGAUGAAACUGUAGCAGCCGUGAAGCUGAUGAUAAAGAAUCGUUUCCACCUCCCUCUCUCUGAAGAGAAACAAGGCAGACAGUACCUGGAGCUCACAUAUGCAGGAGCAUCUCUGAGAGACAGUUGGAGUCUUGCUGAUGUAGGAAUCUCUUUCUGUUCAACUAUCAAGUGUUUUGUCAAGGAAGAAGAUCAGGCUGUGCUCUUCAUUUUCAACAUGGUGACCAGACAGAGGAUGGUGAUUGUGGAGGGCAAGGCCCUAUUCAAUGACAAAGUGUCACAGCUGAGGACACUGGUGGCUCUGAGAUGUGGCUUCCCUGUGGGUGUCUUCUGUCUCAGGACCUCUGAUGGCCUGGAGCUAUACGACUGCAACUUCUUGAGGGACUAUGGCCUGGACCCCGGCACAACCCUUCGCCUGGAUGUCUGGGAUGGAUGGAAGGAAUUUCUGUUGGGCUGUCUACUUGGCAAGAAACUGCAAGUUCAGCACUUCUUAUCAGAUGAGAGACCUGUGCUCAAGUACCAGCGGAGGGUGGCCCUGUACAUCGCCGCCUUCCACGGCCAUGUGGAGCUCACCGAAUGGGCCCUGGCGCAGGGGGCACGGCCGCACGAGGCGGUGGGCGCUCACCCCUAUCGAGUGUGGUGCCAGGAAGCCUUGCACCCCGAUGUCUCCAAGUGCCCGGUGCAUGCUGCGGCCGAGGCUGGCCAGUUGCUGAUCCUGCGGGCUUUCGUGCGCCGCAGCGUGCUGGCCCUGCAAUGCAAGACGGCGGCUGGCCACACCCCAUUGGCCCUGGCCUGCUCCCACGGCCACGGGGAUUGCGCGCGGUACUUGCUGCGCAAAAUGCAGUCCACGGUGUCUCUGCCCAAGGUGGCCCUGCCCAUGAGCAUCUACAUCAAGAUCAAGCAAUGGCUCAGUCGCGCUCAGAGUCGCAGCCGGAGCAAGAGGCAUCGUCCCUUGGGGGCCACGGUGGGGGCCACGGUGCUGGUGGACGGGUUCACUUCGCCCCAGAUGACUUCGAGGAGCUGGAAGCAAGCUGCCUGCAAAGCCUCCUCGCAGGGUCCCGGGGGCCGCCUCCCGCCUCUUCGGGUGCAGCCCGCAGCCGGCGCAAAGCUGCGCCCAAGAGGGGGGACCCAUCUGCUCCCGCCUCUGGUGGCCCCCGGCAGCUCUGCAGCGCCCCAACAGCCCCUCCAGCCACGACGUCCGGCCGUGGCCUCUCCGACACUUGAAAAGCGCCUGGGAAAUGUGCGUCUGCCCCCAGUGCCGCUCCCCAACUUGUCCAGGCCGAGCGGCCCGCACCCCUGUUUCUGCCGUGCGUCCCCGGCCAGCUCGGCCCGCGCCUGCUUCUGCGCGCACAGAGGAAGGACCGUGCGGGAGAACGCGCUGCACUGUCUGGCCCUGGCCAGCACAUUUAAAGAGAAGGGCUGGUUUCAGCAACUGGAGAUUGCAAGAGUCCUUGCCAGAAAGAGCAUUUCUAAUGUCAAAGCCCAUGGAAGUCUUUCCUCUCAGGAGAAUCCUCUGGGAAUCAUACUGUGAAAUUCAUGGCAAUCGCUGUUUGGGAGAAGAACUAGUGGAACAGAACAUCAGUCCUCAAGUUGACUUUUC